GUUAGGAUUCAUGCACAUUAAAAAAAACCCUUCGAGCCAAUAUCAGGGUACUGAAGAACAAAGGCCCCAAAGAGGUGUGUCUCAUCAAGGAGGCAACGGAGCCCCACCCCAGCUGUCUGCUCAUAUUUAAUGUUUGAGCUUCAUUUUUCAGACACUGACGGCACCAGAACGUUCCCAAGACUGCAUCAAGACUGGGAUUUAGCAAGAAUAGCAAUGGGUACCUGUCUCCAGCUCCAUAGCUGCAUCCCUUUCCUUCUGGUGGGAUUGGCGUUCUUCAUGAAAGGUGCCCUGACACUAGAAUGCUACAGUUGUGUGGACCGAGGGGAUGGAGGCUGCAGCACAGAGAACAUAAAGAAAGUGAAGUGCCCAUCGUCCACCCAUGUCUGUGUGGAAACCGUGGCAGCUGUGGAGUGGAGUCAUGGGAAGUUCUCAGUUGGGGAGAAAGGCUGCGGCUUGGGCAUGGCAGGCACCAACGACAAAGCAGUAGCCGUCCAUGGCAUCUAUGCCUUCUCCCAGUUACACCAGUGCAACAAAAGCCGCUGCAACAACAAACUGGACAUCAAAAAACUGGAACUGCAACCCAUGGAUAAUGUGACUGCCAGAGUUCCCAAUGAUGUGGAGUGUUACAGCUGCCUCGGCGAUGACUGCUCAAUUAACAAUUCAACCAUAGUCAAGUGCUACAACUCUUACCAGGGUUGCUUCCACGGCAAUGUCACAAUGAAAGCAGGAAACUUCUCAUUGACCAAACCUAUCAAAGGCUGUGUGGAGGAUGAGGACUGUACUAAGGUAUCCAAAGGAAGCCACGCCAUCACUCUUGUGGGUUCCUGUUGUUCUGGAAGCCUCUGCAAUGUGGAUCUCUCCAACAAAACACACUUUGCUGCCAAGAUCCCACGGCUAGAGUUCCUUCCUGGGCCUGACUCCAAUGCUAAUGCAACCACUUCUGCAAGUACUCAUGCCAACAUACCAGCCUCUUCCACUAUCAACAAGCUAUCCCGAUCUGUUACUUUGAGCCCAUCACUGUCCAGCCAUCCUGACCAUGACCACGACCACGACCAUGAGCAUGAUCAUGGUGAUGAAGAAUUCACCUCAGUGAGAAACGGAGACAUUGCCACGGCUGUGAAAGUUGAAGAAAGACACAACCAACAAGAUCAGGGCACGAAAGGGGGUGCGAAAGGGGGUGCAGUGGGUUUGGGGGGAUCAGUCUUGAUGGUCUUGUUGUUGGUUGGUUUGUUCAUAUGAAGAGGCCUUGGCCUACCUAUCUUUGGCAUCUUGUUUUGAACUGAACAUGAUGCAUUUGAUCCUAUCAAUGAUAAAUGCCCUUUCACUGAUCACAUGAACACUCAUACCUUUUGCAUAGCAGAAGGCUGUUCUCACUUGUGCACUUCUCUAUGCCUUGAUUUCCUGCAGCCAUGUUGUAGAACAUGACAAAGACUGUCUAGAAUGAGCCAGCAUCCUACAGGGCAAAGAUUUGUAUUAUGUUGUUGCUAUGUUUAUAUGUCUCAAAAAUCUGUUCUGCUCUUAUGAAACCAUUUUUCUUCUGUG